AUGGUGCUCACCAGAAUAUUAUCAUGUUUUAUGAUACUAUCAUUCAUAUUAACAUUUUCAGUUACAAAUGGUGAAGAUGGUCAUUGCAUUUGGUAUGGUCAAUGUUACAAAGAUGAAAGAGGAAAUGCAAAAUAUUGUCCAUACACUGGUCCAGCAAAGCAACUUGACAACGAAAGUCAUCAACUGCUAAAAAAAAAUUGUCCUCAUUUAAUUGAUGAUGCUGAAAAUAAUACAAAAGCAUGUUGUGAUAUAGAACAGUUAAAAACACUUGUUGCAGGUCUCAAAUUAGCUGAAAGUUUUAUAGCAAGAUGUCCAAGUUGUAUGAAUAAUUUUGUAAAAACAUUUUGUGAAAUGACCUGUAGUCCAAGACAGAGUUUAUUUUUAAAUGUCACAAAAUUUGGACCAAAUAAUACGUACGUUGAUGAGAUUGAUUUUUAUGCAAGUCGUAAAUUUAUUGAGGGUACUUUUAAUUCUUGUCGUAAUGUAUUGGCACCAAGUUUUGGAAAAAAUGCAGUAGAUGUUAUGUGUGGUAGUUUAGAUGAAGGUGGCUGUACUGCUGACAAGUUGUUUUUUUUCAUGGGUGAUAGUGCCAACAAUAAGUAUGUACCAUUUCAAAUUACUUUUAUUAUAAGUGAUGAUAAAACUGGUAACUUUACACCACUAAAUCCAAGUGUAACACCUUGCUCUAUGGCACUCAAUGAAGACACUCCUGCUUGUGGUUGUGUUGAUUGUGAAGAAAGUUGUCCAAUAAUACAAUCGUCUUUACCAGUUUCAUUUCAAGUUGGAGGUUUCGAUAUUGUUACUCUUAUUGUCACAAUUGUUUUUAUAAUUGGAUCAAGUUUAUUUUUAUUACUGACAUGUUGUUUAGGAAAACAACAACAGUUCAAUCUACCAACUGGAAAUCCAGAUAAAGAGUCUAGAUUACUUGAAAAACUUGGAUAUUCUUUUGAUCAAUCAUUGGAAACAUUUUUUUGCAAAUGGGGAACAUUUUGUGGCAAAAGACCUUGGACUGUUCUUUGCAUUGGAAUGCUAGCAAUAAUAGCUUUAAGUACUGGAAUAAUAUUUACAAAAAUGACAACUGAUCCUGUUGAAUUGUGGGCAUCACCAACAUCACGUGCUCGUCAAGAACGUGAAUACUUCAACAGCCACUUUGAGCCAUUUUAUCGCAUACAACAAAUUAUUAUUACCUCGGUUGAUUUACCAAAAAUUGUUCACAAUACUAAAAAGGGCAUGAUUGAAUUUGGUCCAGUCUUCAACAAGACGUUUCUUAAAAAGAUCUUGGAACUGCAGGAAGGAAUAAAAUCAAUAAAAACCACGAAUAACGUGAGCUUAUCAGACGUUUGUUUUGCACCCUUGGCUGAUACCUUUAGUAAAAAAGUUAAUAUCAAUAAAUGUUUGAUUCAAAGCAUAUGGGGUUAUUGGCAAGAUAAUGAACAAAGAUUCGAUAGAAAAAAAAUGCGCCAGGGUUUUGAAUUGAAUUAUCUUGAUUACUUCAUGCAGUGCAUUGGAAAUCCUUACGAUCCAUCGUGUUUUGGAAAGUAUGGUGGACCAAUUGAACCAGCAAUUGCAGUUGGAGGUUUUUUAAAUUCAGGUGAAACUCCAAAGAAUUACGAAAAUGCAACAGCAAUCAUUCUGACCUUCUUAAUCAACAAUCAUCAAAAUAAAACACACCUUGAACCAGCUAUGGAAUGGGAAGAAGAAUUUAUUAAUUACAUGAAAAAUUGGACUGUAAAAGCAAAACCACAGUACAUGGAUGUUGCAUUUUUUUCGGAAAGAUCCAUUGAAGAUGAACUAGAUCGACAAACACGUUCAGACAUUCCAAUAAUUAUGAUUUCGUACCUCACAAUGUUUUCUUAUAUUGGAAUUGUCCUGGGAAGAUUGUGUUCAUUUAAGAGACUUUUCAUUGAAUCAAAAUUCACACUUGGACUUGGAGGAGUACUAAUCGUCUUAGCAUCAGUCGCCAGUUCAGUUGGAAUAUUUGGAUAUGUUGGAAUUUCUGCUACUUUGAUUAUCCUCGAAGUCAUUCCAUUUUUGGUGCUUGCUGUUGGAGUUGAUAAUAUAUUUAUCCUUGUUCAAACGCAUCAAAGAGAAGAAAUUAAAUCAGAUGAAUCAAUUGCUGAACAUAUUGGACGAAUUUUGGGGAAAGUCGGACCUUCUAUGUUGCUGACAACUGUUUCAGAAAGUUUUUGUUUUUUCUUGGGAGCCUUGUCUGAUAUGCCAGCUGUUAAAACUUUUGCUCUGUAUGCUGCUGUGGCUCUGCUUAUUAAUUUCAUUAUGCAGGUCACGUGCUUUAUCUCUCUCUUGACACUGGAUACCAUCAGACAAAAGAAUAACAAAUAUGAUGUUUUCUGCUGUAUGCGAGGCUCAACAAAAGUCAUUGAAAGAAGCAAUACAAAUGGAGACUUUUACAAAAUCAUCAAAUCUAGCUUUGUGCCAUUUUUAUUACACAAGUGGGUUAGGCCUGUAGUGAUAUUGGUAUUCUUUGGCUGGCUAUGCAUGAGCGUCAGUGUCUUACCAAAUAUAUCAAUCGGUCUGGAUAAAGAAUUAGCAAUGCCAGAAGACAGUUUCGUUUUGAAAUAUUUUAAGUUCCUUAAUGAAUACUUGUUAAUGGGACCACCUACAUAUUUUGUUGUGAAAGAAGGACUUGACUACUCUGAUAGAAAAACUCAGAGCCUCAUUUGUGGGGGGCAAUAUUGCAAUCCUGAUUCUUUAUCAACGCAAUUGUAUGCUGCAUCAAAACAAACCAAUGUGACAUAUAUUGCAAAGCCCGCAUCUUCUUGGCUCGAUGAUUAUUUUGAUUGGACAAAAUCUGAGAAUUGUUGUAAAUAUUUUGUCGCCAAUGAUUCAUUUUGUCCACACUCUGACUCCACGUGUGACUCUUGCGAUAUAAGAUCUAAUAAAUUUGGAAGACCUAGUUCACAUGAUUUUAAAAAAUAUAUAUCAUAUUUUUUACAAGAUAAUCCAGAUGCAACUUGUGCUAAAGCUGGGCAUGCUGCUUAUGGACAAGGUGUUAACUAUCGGUGUGAUAAAAUUACCAAUUUAUCUGAUGUUGGAGCAUCCUACUUCAUGACCUAUCAUUCGAUAUUGAAGACAUCAGAGGAUUAUUACGAGUCUAUGAAGGCUGCUAGGAAAAUAUCAAAUAACAUCACAGAUAUGAUCAACGACAACUUGAAGAAAAUGAAUAUCAAUAGCACUACUGAAGUUUUUCCUUACAGUAUUUUCUACGUUUUCUAUGAACAAUAUUUAACGAUCUGGUCAGAUACUCUUAGAAGUAUUGGAAUAUCAAUACUUGCAAUUUUUAUAACAACAUUUUUGCUGAUGGGCUUUGAUGUACUUUCAUCGUUCAUUGUUGUUGGUACAAUUUCAAUGAUUUUAAUUGAUAUAGGAGGUCUCAUGUACUGGUGGAAUAUUGAACUUAAUGCUGUCUCUCUUGUCAAUCUUGUUAUGGCUGUUGGAAUUUCGGUGGAAUUUUGUAGUCAUAUAGUCCACUCAUUUGCAAUUUCAGUUAUGAAAACAAAGACUGAACGAGCUGCAGAUGCUCUGAGAAAUAUUGGAGGCUCAGUAUUCAGUGGAAUAACAAUGACAAAGUUUUUUGGUAUUGUCGUUCUUGGACUUGCUAAAAAUCAAAUUUUUCGGGUAUUUUAUUUCAAAAUGUAUUUCGGAAUCGUUUUAUUCGGCGCAGCACAUGGUCUCAUAUUUUUGCCAGUUUUAUUGAGCUACACGGGGCCACAAGUAAAUCGUCAGAAAGUAUUAGAGCACCAGAAAUCAUUGGUUCAAGACAAUCAACUUCACAAUGGGAUUUCAUCUUCAGCAAUUAUAAGUAGGCUUUGUUCAACUACUUCGUCAACAGCUGUUCUUGAUGGUUUCAUUUAG